GGGGUUCCGGGCAGGCGGAGCUAGUCCUCACCCAGCUUCUCAGGCGGUUUUCACUGUGUAGGAAGGUGUCCGGAGCCGGUGCCGAACCACCGGCUCCUCAGUAGUUCCGACGCCGCCGGAGUGUCAGUGAUAGUGUGGCCGUGACUGUGCAAGUGCGCGCGUCCCGGCUCCUUCUCCCGGGCGUCCUCGGAGCGGAAAGGGCCCAUCUCAUUGUAACUGCACCUACCUGUCCACCGCGAACGCUCGUGGAGCGGGCUUUCUGAGUGCUGCGGGAGGCGAAGGAGGUCGGCUCCUGCUGUGCACCUUCACACACAAAUCCGGCUCCAUUUUUGGAACAGGGCUGGGGAAUGUGGACAUCUUUUGGGUUUUACGCAUCUGUUAAUAGACCUUUUUGGAGCUCUGCCACCCAACUCAAUGGCGUCUUCUACUUCUGUGCCUCUGGGAUUUCACUAUGAAACAAAGUAUGUUGUUCUCAGCUACUUGAGACACCUCUCUCAGGAGAAGCUGCAAGAGCAUCAUCUUUCCUCACUACAAGGAGUUCAACAAGAUGUAGCUUCACAAUCUCUGGAUCAAGAAGUUUUAUUAAAAGUUAAAACUGAAAUUGAAGAAGAGCUAAGAUUUCUGGACAAAGAAAUUUCUGAAGCCUUCACCAACAUAGGCUUUGACCAGCACAUGUCUCCAGUGUUCAGCCCUGCUAACCCAGUAGAAGACUGCUUGGCUCAUCUUGGGGAAAGAGUGUCCCAGGAACUGAAAGAGCCUCUACAUAAGGCAUUGCAAGUGCUCCUCAGCCAGCCAGUGACAUAUCAGACAUAUCGGGAAUGUACACUGGAGACCACAGUUCAUGCCAGCGGCUGGAAUAAGAUUUUGGUGCCGCUGGUUUUGCUACAACAAAUGCUUUUGGAGUUGACAAGGCGUGGUCAAGAACCUUUGAAUACAUUGCUGCAGUUUGGUGUGACAUAUCUGGAAGACUAUGCAGCAGAGUACAUCAUCCAGCAAGGUGGCUGGGGCACUGUCUUUAAUCUUGAGUCCGAGGAGGAGGAAUACCCUGAAGUUGUUGCAGAAGAUAGCAAUGACAUUUAUAUCCUGCCCAGUGACAACUCUGGACAAGUCAGUCCUCCAGAGUCUCCAAUUGUGACUACUUCUUGGCAGUCAGAGAGCUUACCUAUUUCCCUGUCAGCCAGCCAGAGUUGGCAUACAGAAAGCCUACCAGUGUCCCUGGGUCCUGAGUCCUGGCAGCAGAUCACAAUGGAUCCCGAAGUAAAAAGCUUAGAUAGCAAUGGGGCUGGAGAGAAGAGUGAGAACAAUUCCUCUAAUUCUGACAUUGUGCAUGUUGAGAAAGAAGAAAUACCUGAGGGUGCGGAAGAGGCUGCUGUGGCAUCUGUAGUCUUGUCAACCAGGGAGGUGCAAGAGGCAUUCCCUGAAGCCCCAGCUCCCUUGCUUCCACAUAUCACUGCCACUUCCUUGCUGGGCAUGAGAGAAUCUGACACAGAAAUGACUGCAGUUGAGAAAGUCAGCCCAGCUACAUCAUUGUUUGUAGAGCUUGAUGAAGAAGAGAUGAAAGCAGCUAUAAUUGAACCUAUUGAACGAGAGGAGAUGAUCCCUAUACUGGAACCCACAAAAACACUGUUGAGUGAAGAGAUGACUAUAAGGAAAAAGAGUCUUAUGGAAGGGUCCUACCCUGCUGGAGAAGAGAAGUCUAUGGCAUUGUCUGAGGGCAAGUCUAUACUAUUGUUUGGAGGGGCUGCCGCUUUUGCUAUCCUGGCAGUGGCAAUUGGAGUAGCAUUGGCUCUGAGAAAGAAAUAGCAUUUUUUAGAAGAGAAAUAAGACAAAAAGAAUAUUAGGUUUUAGUUGUAUUGACUGAAUUUGAACUGCCAGCAGCUGAUUGGACAUUUGUGGAACACUCUUGGAUAAUUGAAGAUUUCUGGCUUGAGGUAGAGGGUGUUCAUGUUUGUCUGACUGUAAGUUCCAAAACCCUUGGCUCAUGGUAGAUUCUGAAGAAUCUUAAGAGAAGCUUAAGAGUGAAGUACUCCCUCUGGUACAGGUUUCUCAAUCUCUGCAUUAAUUAUAUCUUGAAAAUUCUUUGUUGUAGGAAGUUGUCCUGCGCAUUGUGUUUAGCAACAUCCCUGGCCUGUACCCACUAAAUACCGGUAGCACCCCUCCCCCAGUUGUUACAACCAAAAAUAUCUCCUGACAUUGCCUGGGAGUAAAAUGUCCCUGGAAGUAAAAUUAUUCCCCUUUACGGGCCACAGCUUUAGAGGGAGAUGGUUAAUUUAGGAGCAUCUGUGAUACAAGUUCCCAGGCAAGAGGGCUUAGCUGUGUGCUCCUCAGCUACUGACUCAGUCCUGCCCUUGAAAUUUCAUCUUUUCUGGUGAACAUACUGUGUUUGCAGUCAUUCCUUUUUGGCUUUUCUUUUCUUCCCCACCUUUUUAGUCCUAUAGUGUGAGGGUAUUCUCCUCUUUUGUCACAGCUGCUUCUCAGGUACCACACUCCUCUUCUUCACCCCCAGGUUUCUCCUAAGAUCCAUGGAGCAUGCUUGCUCUGUACCUAUCAAGUCUCUGAUGCUUCUUAUAGCUUCACCUUGUAAAGAUACUGCCUUUUGUAGUCUUUAAAAAGGAGUGGGUGGGCUCCCUACCUAUAAGUGCUAUGACAACUGACAAGAGAGAGAUCUGUCUCAUUUAGAAGCAGGAAAAUGGCUUAAAUGACCUCUGGAGCUCUUUCGGCUCUUUUGUGUAUAGCCACCCUACUGAAUUUAUGGCUACUUGCCAGCAGCAUCUCCCUUGCAGGAUGGUCACUGUCUAUAACCUGGGCUUGUGCGUUUUUCCCUAUACUAUCUGGCCUCAGUGUUACUGGUCGACCAUCUAGCUCCUUUGCAGUCCUUUACUGCGUUUUUAUACUCAGCUUACAGACCAAUUGAAUUAUAACUCUUAUGAAAUACAGAAAGUCUCCUAAAUAUCAUUGAAAUAAAAAGUAUGAAAAGAGAAGCUUGACUUUCUUGGUUACCCUCCAGUUCUAGUUUGGCUUUCAGGCUUCUUCACUGAAAUCUUCACAGUCCAAAUGCCAGUGUGAUAAACCAAAAUGAUCCUAUUAGUAUGUACUAGUUGAGAAUCAGCAUAAUUUUCUUUCAUCUGGCUGAUCCCACCUCUAGAAGGAUGGGAAGUGUCAUUUUAUGCCUGAGGAUCACGGUGUCACUAUGCAGGACAUACUUGCUUGAUACAGGUCAUUUCAGAUUUAUCUUAGUAAAUGUAACAAAUUAUUUUUUAGAUCCUAAAAUUUGUAGUAAAAUUACUUUACCUUAUCAUGAUCACCAAAAUGUGAAGUUUUAAAUGUGCUUUCUUUUUGAAAUAUAUUUUAAAAAAUUAAAUCUUCUCCCUAAAGCAACACUAUUUAAAAUUUGGUCAAGAAAAGUUCUGAAGUGUGUUUGUGUGCCACUUCAGCUUUAUCAUGGGGUGUAUCUUUAUGUUCUGAGUUUUAGUGUCCCAUUUAGGGAGUGAUGUUUUUGAGGGUUUUGAUGCACCUUGAUUAAAAUAGCUAGGGGUGAGGGGGAAAAAUGGGAUUAGUGUAGUACAGAAUUAUUUCCUUCUUGGGCUCUGACUGUUGCAGUGGAUUACUCUAUGUUCUAAUUGCUACAUUUGUGUUUGCAUAGGGUAAGAGCAAACUGGUGUGUUAUCUUGAUUCCCCACCCUCCUUCCUAUAUAAUAAAAGAACAUUAUGGAAACUGA